GUAGCAGGAAGCCGCAGCCGGGCCGCCCUCCUUGCCUCGUCCAGAACCUGUUUGUUUACUAGCCGGCUGGGAUGGCGGUUGCGGGAAGGCCGCGGCCCGACGAGCGGGGCUCGCCAUGAAGUUCCGGCCGCGUUAUGAAAGGGUUCAUCACGCCAAAACCCAAGAAUUUGGAGCAGUUCGCCUUCAAUUUGAUGCCAUGCAGCCUAACUCUAAUAAUCGCCACACAGAAAAUGGCUCCUCCUCGUCCUCCCAGUGCACUCACGCAGCAAGGUUGCCAGGGGAAGGAUCUUGCCAACAUGGAGCGGAUGUUCACAUCCAGCUAAGCUCUGCUCUGGGAGAAACUGGGGAAAAUCCUGACUCCAGGACUCAGAGACACUCCCACAGUGAGGCGAGAGGGCUCCAGGAUGGCGGCUCGGAUUUGGAGGAACAAAGCAGCAACUCUCUUUCAGAGCUCAGAUACCUCUUCCAGUGGCUGCAGAAGAGCGUCCCUUAUAUCCUGAUUCUGUCCAUCAAACUUCUCCUGCAGCACGUAACUGGCAUUUCUCUGGGAAUUGGGCUGCUAACAACUUUUAUGUAUGCAAACAAAAGCAUUGUAAAUCAGGUUUUCCUAAGAGAAAGAUGUUCCAAAUUGCAGUGUGCCUGGUUAUUGGUGUUCCUAACGGGAUCAUCCCUCCUCCUAUAUUACGCCUUCUACUCUCAGUCACUUCAUUACAGCUUGAUCCUCUUAAGUCCUACUGUGGAUUUUAUGAACUUCUGGGAGGUCCUUUGGAUCGUGGGAAUCACAGACUUCGUUCUGAAGUUCCUCUUCAUGAGCCUGAAAUGCAUCAUUCUUCUGCUGCCUUCUUUUAUCAUGUCUUUUAAGUCCAAGGGUUACUGGUUUAUGCUGUUAGAAGAACUCUGCCAGCACUACCGUAGGAUUGUUCCUAUACCGGUUUGGUUCCGAUACUUUAUUGGCUUGAGGGAGCGUGACAGUAUGCUAGGAUGGAGUCUGGGCAUAUUGCUGGCUUUGUUCUAUCUUAUCCUAAAGCUUUUGAGCUUUUUUGGACAUCUGAAAAACUUCAGACGGGUCUUGCGGGUAUUUUAUACACGACCAAAUUACGGCGUGGCAGCCAGCAAGAGGCAGUGUGCAGAAGCGGAUGACAUUUGCUCCAUCUGCCAAGCCGAGUUCCAGAAGCCCCUUCUUCUCAUCUGCCAGCACAUAUUUUGCGACGAAUGCAUCGCCCUGUGGUUCAACAGAGAGAAAACGUGCCCACUUUGUAGAACAAUCAUCGCCGACCACAUCAACAAGUGGAAAGAUGGAGCAACUUCCACUCAACUACAGGUCUAUUAAAACCCUGCCGACCACGUGCUUCGCCGUGUAAUCUCAUUUGAACGCUGGGUUUACGGUUUUAGAGAGUAAGAUUUUAGGGUGGGUGGGGAGAGCAGAAGAGAUAACUACUCAGGGCUUCAAGACCACACUGUUCUCUCAACUGCUACAGCACUUGAGUCCAUUCAGAUACAAAGCAGCAGUUAAAACUGCUUUUCCGUAGCAAUUUUUGGAGUCAAUUUCCACAUAGAAUUCACCCUUCUCAUGCUGGUUGGGUGUCAGUUAAUGUAGAGAAAUUCUCAAGCUUUCGACCGCGAUGACCGUCCAGUAGCAACAGCUUCCAUUCAGUAAUUCACACACGGCUCAGGCCUACUACCAAAGCAGCAAGGCUUCCUUGAGACUCUGAAAUGCAAAGCUUAGAUUUUGAAACAGAUUGAUUUUCGCUCUCACAGAUCUGUACUUCAAUUAUGUACACACAGAUUUUUUUUUCCCAUUCUACUUUUGUAAGCCAGAAUUUUUAUGAAGCAAAGUAUCGAGUACUAUAUUUUGUCAUAAGCAGCUAGAUUUUAUUAAAGUGGGGGAGGGAUCUAUUUUAGGGAUACUAAGGGUGGAAAAAAAAACUGUAGUACAUACCAUACAGAUGGUGAAAAUAAAUGCAGUUUGAAUCUC